AUGUCCCUCCUUCCACCCCAGUACGACCAGCCCGACGCCCUGAGAAAGGCGAAGGAGUUUGCCAACCGUGCCGUGGCAAAGUGGGAGUCCACCACCAACAAGGUUGAGGUCCUCGGCUACACGGCCGCCAUCGCCGUGGCCAUUUGGGUCACCGGCGGCCUCAUUGACGCCGUCGACCACCUGCCCCUGCUGCCCUUCCUGCUCAAGCUGGUCGGCACCACCUACUCGGGGUGGUUCACCUACAGGUUCCUGCUGUUUGCGGAGGGGCGUGAGGACCUGCGCCGCAACCUGAAGGAUCUGAGGGCCUCUCUCACUGCGAGCGCCACCGACACCUACAUGCGCGCCGCGGAGGGCGCCAAGCCCCCGGCCGGCACGGGCGUCAAGCGCGGCGACGCGCCGCGGCUGGGCGAGGUGGACAGCGCCAGCAACCUGGAGGGCGCGGUGGAGGCCCUGAAGGAGCAGCAGCAGCGGCCGCUGCGCGCGCAGGGGCCGGCGUCCGCGUGGCCGCCGCAGAAGGGCGCCGCCGGCGGCGCGCCCGGCAAGGGUGCAAAGGGUUUCGGGAAAAACGAGUAG